AUGUCUUCGAAAAUCAUUGUUUUGUGUGCUCAAGCCUUUUUCAUACAGAAUAUUUUCGGACAAUGCAUCGGUAACGUCGGCAGUAACUACAAUUUAGGUAAUUGCGAUGUCCUCACUGCGAGAAGGAGCUACGAUCUACCUAACUGUGGAAGUUCCAACACCCAAUGGGCCGGGGCUCAGUUGGGUUUCGUUGAGGGUCUGACUGCUAGUUCUGGUGGUGGACUCAAUGUUCAAACAUCCUCUCCGUUUGCCCCUGGUAGUCUUUCCAUACUCUCUGAAAAUCAAAUCCAAGGGCCUGUUGAAGUUAGCGGCACUUUACCAUUCCUUAGCGCUGUGGCAUUUGAAGGUUCACUACCAACACGAGGAUCUGGAGAAGUGCUUUAUCAAUGUGGUAAUGGGAGAGUUGGGAUUUUGGAGGAAAAUAACCAAAUAUCUGCCAUUAAUUCUGGAAUUUUAGGUGGAAAUUCUGAUUAUUUGGGUAUGGGAUGGAAUACAGCGUCUGCUUUUAAUGGAAUAAGCGGCUGUUUAACCCCUGAACCAGUCGCUCUCGGUUGGAAUGGCAACCGCAGAUCUGGUUGUAACUGUCUUUAUUAG